GCUCUUUCUUCCUUCAUGCAUACGCUUUUAUUAAAUCUUUAUUUAUUCAUACUUUGCCGUUUUAAGAGACCCAAAAACUAAUAACCCAUUUUGUUAUUUUUAUUCUUAGUAAAUAUUUUUGAAAUUUUUGUUGCAUCUUUGUAUGCAUCUCUUGGUGGAGGAAUGCUUGUCACCUACUCUUUUUUUAGUUUUUCAGUCCCUUUAAAACUUUCUCUCACAAGGGAAAGACACAGCCCAGAGACAUACACAAACCUUUAGAACUGUGUUUCCUCUGUUUAUCCCACUCCUCCUUUUUUCUGGGCAAUGGAGAAACAUAAGUGUAAGUUGUGUUUCAAAAGCUUUGCAAAUGGAAGAGCUUUGGGUGGUCAUAUGAGGUCUCAUAUGUUGAAUCUUCCAAUUCCUCCCAAACUUGCAGAACAACAACGAUUGGGAUUACCACGACCAACGAAUCAACUCAGCGAAGAGUCAGAGUCAGAGUCGGCUUCGGCAUCUUAUUCGUCGUCUUCAUCGGAAGAAGAAGAAGGGGAGGAAAAAGGGCAGUUUUAUGGGCUUCGAGAGAAUCCAAAGAGAAGUGUUCGGUUGGUAGAUCCUGAGUUUAUUGAUGCUGGCUCGGUUGUUCUUCAAGACAGGGAAAGUGAGACGGAGUCCUCUAAGAACCCAACUCGGAGACGAUCUAAACAGACUCGGAGAAUACUAGAAAACCAUCAGCAACAAAGACAGGAACAACAAGAAGAAAGAAAGAAGCUUAAAGUUAACAACAGCAGCAGCAACAACAACAACAACCAAGUGAGCAAGACCGAGCCUUGGGCUGAGCCUGAACCGGUGAGUUCGAUCUCCGACGCAACAACUGAAGAAGAUGUCGCUUUCUGUCUUAUGAUGCUUUCAAGGGACCAAUGGAAAAGCAAAGUACUCCAUCUGGAUGAUGAAGAAGGCACAGAAAUAGAAAAGUCCACGGAACAAAGUUACGAAUUACAAGAGUACUUCAAAUUAAGCAAGGUGAAUAGAGCGAUCCGAGGUAAGUACAAGUGUGAAACGUGUAACAAGGUUUUUAAAUCGUACCAAGCACUGGGUGGGCACAGAGCGAGUCACAAAAAGAUGAAAGCUUACUCACCACCGGCAACUCAUGAUACAGAGUUGGAACCGGAAAAUGUGGGUACUAGACCUAGUUCAAUGACCGACAAGAAAAUCCACGAAUGCCCUGUUUGUUUUAGAGUCUUCUCGUCUGGACAAGCUCUUGGUGGACAUAAAAGAUCUCAUGUGGUAGCGACAACUGAAAUCCCUGUUAAAAGUUCCAAAAAGUUGGGAGAUAGUUUCAUAGAUCUUAAUCUCCCUGCUCCAAUGGAUGAUGAUGAUGCUAGCCAAAUUGAACUUUCCGCCGUCUCCGAUGCUGAAUUUGUCAACCAUAUCAAGUGAGGAACGGUGAACCAUUUUUUGUUCGUGGCUUACAACAAUGUUCGAUCCAAAUUCAAAGUUCUGUUCUGUUUGUAAAAAACCUGAUCAUUAAUUUCACUGUUGGAUUAGAUCUUCUGGGUUUCUUUGACAUUUUAAUCCAGAGUAGCACUAACAAGCAUUGUUGUUAAUGGGUUGUCAAUCAAAGCUUCCUACUUUUCUAAA